AUGAGGCUCUUAUUAAUACGACAUGGAGAGACCGUGGACAAUGUUGCGGGAGUAUACGCUGGGAUUCGCGAUUCCCCUCUCACCAACCAUGGCGUACUCCAAGCCUCACGCCUAGGUUCUCAUUUGGCCUCUACCCAUGCCAAGAUAUCGCACAUCUUCUCGUCAGAUCUGCAGCGUGCCUUCAAAACCGCCGAAGCUAUUCGGAACGCUCAGUCUACCUCGUCGACAGUCAUCCUGAAAUCAGGGCUACUGCGAGAGCAAGACUUUGAGUCACUCGUUGAGAAGCAUCGCAAUGGUCCUGGGUUCCGUGAUGUGGAGUCAAAGGAGUCGAUGAGGGUUCGAAUGGAAACAUUCGUUAAUUCACAUCUUCUUGAGCACUUUGUGACGAGGACAGACGACGAGACCGUUGCUGUUGUGGCGCAUGGCAUUAUUCUCACCUAUCUAUGGAGAUGCAUUCUGCAGCGAUUCGACCACAAAAGCGUCCUCGUUGCCCCAGAUGUAAACGUCGCCGAUCGGGGUUUGGCCUUGCAGCAUCUAGGUUUCUGGUCGAACACUGGAUACCUGGACCUUGAUAUCAAGCAGGAGAAAGCCUCAGGCCAAGGCAUGGGAACGCAACCAGAGCUUCUGUCACUAGUGGUAAAAGCAGUGAACAGCCAAGAGCAUCUUCGAGGCUUGAAGAAGACUCGAGGUGGGAUUGGGAGCAUGAAGCAUGAUGCCAAUCAGAAGACUAUGGAUGCUUUUGUCAAGAGGCGGAAGGUUGAGUGA